UAAGUUUUUAAAUUUAGUGUUUUUCAGGUUUUAUUUGUAAUGUUUAAUAUUGUGACGUAACAAAGCUGAUUAUAAUAUAAUGGAAACAAUGGAGUCUCCCAUUGUUCAUUUAAACGUCGGAGGAACCAGGUUUUCAACAUCUCGUGAAACUCUGGGUUGGAUCCCGGAUUCCUUCUUCACUAGUUUGCUCUCAGGAAGGAUAUCAUCGUAUAAAGAUGAACAAGGAGCAAUUUUCAUCGAUCGUGAUCCGGAGAUCUUCCGGAUCAUCUUAAGUUUCCUCCGAACAAAAGAAGUUGAUCUUCAUCAUGUCGAUAUCCCAUCUUUAAAGAGGGAAGCGGAGUUUUUCGGUCUCACCCCUCUAAUAAGUCGAUUAUCUGUAUGUGAGGAGCUACAUCACUCGUCAUGUGGGGAUGUGCUCUUCCAUGGAGUCCUGGAGGACCCAACGAAACCAACAGAUGACGAUCUUCCUUUAGAUCGAGAUGUCCUAAUUAUCACAGGGCACAACAGUUGGAUUGCUGUCGCAUAUUCGCGAUCUGUGAUGUGUUAUAAGGUGAAAGAGAACAGUGGGUGGCAGCAGGUGUUCAUUAGCCCCCCACUUGAUGAAGAUGUUCAACAGAUCGCGAUAAAUGCCAAAGUGCACGGAAUGGCCCCGGACUCAAAAACGAGAAUGGUCGCGGCGGCGUUCUCGACGAACAUUCGACUUUGGAGUUUCCAGGAUGAAGCUCAGUUCACCGAGAUCGGGAAGUUCAAGAUGGCGGCGACGAUCGACGCUUUGUUCUUUAUUGGCAGCCAGUUGGUUGCCACGGGUAGCAGACAUGGUGAUAGUGGUAGAGUGGGCGUGUGGAACGCUGUGUCACAACAUUGGCAAGCACAAGAUGUCGUGAAGAUUACGAGUUACGACACCGCUGGGUCGUAUUUACUACUCGGGGGUGUGAACGGGGGCAUAUACUACAUAGACAUGCAGAAGUUUCCACUCAGGUUAAAGGAUAAUGAUCUUCUAAUAACUGAGCUUUAUAGAGAUCAAUCCAACUCAGCGAUCACCGCGUUAAGUGUCUACCUCACCCCGAAGACGUCGCCGACAGUUGGGACGUGGAUAGAAGUUGCGUACGGCACACAAAGUGGCUCCGUGUGCGUCAUUGUGCAACACCCGGAGUUGGUAGGCCAAGGUUUCCAACUUUUUCAGAAGUUUACGGUCCAUCGUGGGCUGGUGUGUAAAGUUAUGUUAUCCGAGAAACAUUUAGUGUCGGUAUGUUCGGACAACAACCAUGUACGUACAUGGACAGUCACGAGGUUCCGUGGUAUGAUAUCAACACAACCUGGCUCCACCCCUCUCGCUUCAUUUAAAGUCCUCGCACUUGAACCGAUCAAUUCCUCUGGCAGUUACUCGGCCGGCAACAACAUCGGACCACACGGGGAUCGCGAAGAAGUCCAACUUUUCAUCCAGAAGAUAUUUCCACAAUCGGAUCGACUGUUUGUACGUUUAUCAUCUAACGGACAUCGGGUGGCAGUCAUCACUUCCAUCGACGGAUCCCCAAUAUCUUGCUUCUGUUUACAUGAGUGCGAAGGGUCGUCGCGCAUGGGGUCACGACCUCGAAGGUACUUAUUCACCGGCCACAUGAACGGUACAAUACAAAUGUGGGACAUGUCGACAGCGCUCGACGCUUUCACUAAAUCAACGAUCCGUGAAGCGGGGCCGACGCAGGAGGAAUUACUCCAACACCUCGUACGUUGUGAUCUCUCCUUUUCAUCCCGAUGUCCAACCCCAUCCUCCAACCUCGGGACUUUUGAUCGGAUGUUGAUCCUAAGGAGCUCUAACACAAGUCUUGCAAGCCACGAGAGCCCCAUGGUCACCCGUCACCGAAGAGACCCCGACCCCACCCCCCAGGACCAACCUUCCACCUCCCAAGGAACGACGUUUUUUUCUCGAUCUGAAACGAAACAUUUAACCAAAAUCACUCAACCGAAGCUUGUUAAAUCGGAGCCCGAAGCUGGCCCAUCGUCGCCUCCUGGUGGUGAAGUUUCCGAGGGUAGCAAUAGAAAAAAUUAUGAUGUCAUAAUGGACUUUAAUGACCCAUCACCUCGAUCCCCCAUUAAUGAGGGGGAACCCCGUAUGACAUCACCAACUAUGACAUCACCAGAAGGCGCGUCACAUGAUAGCACGCUUCGCCGAUCAACAAGUUAUAAACUUGGAACGAAAUCGUCGCAAAAACUUCACCAACGACAAUCGUCCAUAGAUAAAAUGACAUUGGAUAAAAACAAACAAUAAAUAUUAUGAUGUUGAUUGUACAUUGUAUUUGAAUUGAGAUAUUAUGAUCAUAAGCACCAAACCUGGGGUGGGCAGGCCAACCCUGGAAUUUCUACACUGCAUUAAUCAGUAAACAUUACAACCAUUAAGUUAGAUUUGUUUCUAUUGUUAUUAUUAUCGUGCAAUUUAUCGUGGCAUUAUUUAUAUUAUUUCUAUAUCACACAAAGAUAAAGAGUUUAAAUCUCGUUGUUUAUUUAG